UUUCAUCUUCUUACAGCUCCUUCAACUCAAUUAAAAAUCACAAGAAAGGGCAACAACGGCGUUCACUUUAGUUGCACAUAUCAACAGCAGCACCGACAAGCGUAACAAUAUUUUCGUGUUCGAAUUGUGAAAUCGUGGGAGAUGUCUGCCGUAAGACAUCGGCCCCUGGCACCGCCGGGCAAUGCCGGCGACAGCGAUGACAACUUCACCGAUGACGAGAGCACACCAUUAACCCAAGAUAUUUAUGGCGGAAGCCAACGUACAAUACAGGAGACCAAAGGCUGGGAUGUAUUUCGUGAUCCGCCAAUCAAGAUCGAAACCGGCUCGACGGCCAAUCAGGAAUGCCUGGAGAUCACUGUGAAGAUUAUGAAAAUCUUUGCGUAUUUUUUCACAUUCAUCAUAGUGUUAACGGGUGGGGUUAUGGCGAAGGGCUGUGUACUAUUCAUGACAUCACAAAUACGUAAGGAUAAGAAAAUAGAAUACUGUAAUAAGGAUUUGGGCCGCGAUAAAACCUUCGUUGUGAGGUUGCCGGAAGAGGAGCGCAUUGCUUGGAUUUGGGCCUUAAUGAUUGCGUAUGCAAUACCCGAAAUUGGCUCCUUCAUACGUUCGGCGCGUAUUUGCUUCUUUAAGACCUUUCGUGCGCCCAAAACAGGCCAUUUUCUUUUCGUAACGCUAAUGGAGAGUCUGAGUUGCUUUGGUACGGCGCUACUGAUGUUCGUUGUGCUGCCACAAAUCGAUGCCAUACAGGGCGCCAUGUUGACCAAUUGCCUGUGCGUAAUACCCGGCAUACUGGGACUGUUGUCACGCAACGCCAAGGAGGGCAAACGCGCUGUGAAAGUUAUAAUCGAUUUGGCAGCAAUCGCGGCACAGGUUACCGGCUUUGUUAUAUGGCCGCUGCUCGAAAAUCGUCCCGAAUUGUGGGUCAUACCAAUUGCUUGCGUUAUGAUCUCUUGCGGCUGGUGGGAGAACUAUGUCUCGCCACAGUCACCCAUCGGGCUGGUGCGCUCAAUGGGCCGCAUAAAAGAAGAGAUGCGUAGCACGCGCUACUUUAGUCACAUGUUCAUUUCCAUAUGGAAGAUUUUGUUGUUUCUGUGUUUGGUUCUCUUCAUAUUUUGGGCGCAAGGCGACGAUCCCGGUGAUAUAUUCAGCAUGUAUGGUGAUGCUUUGGGGCCACACAAGAUUUUAGUGGAUGAGCUGGCUACCAGUCUGACCGGAAAUUUGCCGGACACUUUAGAUGCAGCCAACAUAGAUAGUAUUGAGAUUGAUGCCGCGCACAACACAGUCAUCUAUGUACUGUUGUUGCAGAUUUUCAGCGCUUACCUUUGCUACAUCUUUGGCAAAUUUGCUUGCAAAAUUCUCAUACAAGGUUUCAGUUAUGCCUUCCCCGUCAGCUUGACGAUACCUAUCACAGUGUCACUGCUAAUCGCAGCCUGCGGCAUACGCAUCGACGAUCCUUGCUUCUUCCAUGAUACCAUACCGGACUAUCUGUUCUUCUCGAGCCCACGCAACUUCCGCUUCAACGAUUUUGUCACACAGCAAAUGGCAUGGGCGUGGAUAUUAUGGUUGCUCAGUCAGACUUGGAUUUCGCUUCACAUCUGGACACCGAAGUGCGAACGUUUGGCCACUACCGAGAAAUUAUUCGUGCGACCUAUGUAUUCGUCAUUAUUAAUUGACCAAUCUAUGGCCAUGAAUAGGCGCCGGGAUGAUCAGGCGGACGUGAAGACGGAGGAUCUCUCGGAAAUCGAAAAAGAGAAGGGCGACGAGUACUAUGAAACCAUUUCCGUGCAUACGGAUGGCUCAGCUACACAAAAUAAGCCGACUAUCAAGUCUUCAGAUCACAUAACCAGAAUCUAUGCAUGCGCUACAAUGUGGCAUGAGACCAAAGAUGAAAUGAUGGAGUUCUUGAAGAGUAUUAUGCGAUUGGAUGAGGAUCAGUGCGCGCGUCGCGUAGCACAAAAAUAUCUACGCAUCGUCGAUCCCGAUUACUAUGAGUUCGAAACACACACUUUCUUCGAUGACGCCUUCGAAAUUUCCGAUCACAGCGAUGAUGACAUUCAAGUCAAUCGCUUCGUCAAGCUGCUGGUAGCCACCAUGGAUGAUGCCGCUUCCGAAAUUCAUCAGACCACUAUACGUUUACGGCCACCAAAGAAAUACCCAACACCCUAUGGUGGUCGCCUGGUGUGGACUUUGCCUGGCAAGACUAAAUUCAUUGCCCAUCUCAAAGACAAAGAUCGUAUACGUCAUCGUAAACGUUGGUCACAAGUCAUGUACAUGUACUAUCUGCUUGGCCAUCGCCUCAUUGAGUUGCCCAUAUCGGCAGAUCGUAAAGACGAGAUCGCACAAAACACUUACCUGCUCACACUGGAUGGUGAUAUUGAUUUCAAGCCGAACGCUGUAACGCUGCUGAUCGAUUUAAUGAAGAAGAAUCGUAAUCUGGGCGCGGCAUGUGGUCGCAUUCAUCCGGUCGGAUCUGGUCCUAUGGUGUGGUAUCAACUGUUCGAGUAUGCUAUUGGUCAUUGGCUGCAGAAGGCCACCGAACACAUGAUCGGUUGUGUGCUCUGUAGUCCCGGCUGUUUCUCACUUUUCCGCGGCAAGGCGCUCAUGGAUGACAAUGUCAUGAAAAAGUAUACCACUCGCUCGGAUCAGGCGCGUCACUACGUACAGUACGAUCAGGGUGAGGAUCGUUGGCUUUGUACUCUUCUCCUACAGCGUGGCUACCGUGUCGAAUACUCAGCUGCCUCCGAUGCGUACACUCACUGUCCCGAAGGUUUCAACGAAUUUUACAACCAGCGUCGUCGUUGGGUGCCCUCAACUAUCGCUAACAUCAUGGAUUUGCUCGGCGAUGCCAAGCGCACGAUUAAGAUUAACGAUAACAUUUCGCUGCUCUACAUUUUCUACCAAAUGAUGUUGAUCGGUGGCACCAUUUUGGGACCUGGCACGAUCUUUCUUAUGUUGGUAGGUGCUUUCGUCGCCGCUUUCCGUAUCGACAACUGGACCUCCUUCCACUACAACAUCUUCCCCAUUCUGUUCUUCAUGUUGGUCUGCUUCACUUGCAAAUCGAAUAUACAGUUGUUCGUGGCGCAGGUACUAUCCACAGCAUAUGCGCUCAUAAUGAUGGCUGUGAUCGUCGGUACAGCUUUGCAGUUAGGCGAGGACGGCAUCGGUUCACCGUCAGCUAUAUUCUUAAUGGCAAUGACGAGUUCAUUUUAUAUAGCGGCCUGCCUGCAUCCGCAAGAGUUUUGGUGUAUCACGGCAGGUCUCAUCUAUCUGCUAUCCAUACCAUCUAUGUACCUUCUCCUCAUUCUCUACUCGAUUAUCAAUUUGAAUGUUGUCUCGUGGGGCACGCGUGAAGUGGUGGCCAAGAAGACUAAGAAAGAAAUGGAAGCAGAGAGGAAAGCAGCCGAGGAAGCGACCAAACGUGUGAAGCAGAAGAGCAUGUUGAGUUUCUUGCAAAGUGGUGCUGGAGACAAUGCAGACGAGGAGGGUUCCAUUGAAUUCUCGUUGGCUGGACUAUUUCGUUGCAUACUCUGUACGCAUGGCAAGACAAGCGAGGAGAAGGCGCAACUUACCGCUAUCGCUGAUUCGCUGGAUACAAUCAAAACUCGUUUGGAGGCACUGGAGCACACUUUAGAUCCACAUGGACACUCAAGGCAUGGGCGUAGACGUACAACGAGCAGCGGUUCCAAAGAUCACCAUUUGCUAUCCUCGGUGGCGGAGAAGACGGGCGAUGAUUCAGAGCAAUCGGAUUCGGAUACAUCAGCGGAACCGCGACAAGAACGUGACUUCUUGACAAAUCCAUACUGGAUUGAAGAUCCGGACUUGCGCAAGGGCGAAGUGGACUUUUUGUCCAGCACAGAAAUUCAGUUCUGGAAGGACUUGAUUGACAAGUAUCUAUUCCCUAUCGAUAACGAUCCGGUGGAACAGGCACGGAUCGCAGCCGAUCUUAUAGAUCUAAGGAACAAGUCCGUCUUCGCGUUUUUCAUGGCCAACGCCUUGUUCGUCCUGAUUGUGUUUUUGCUUCAGCUGAACAAGGAUAAGUUGCACGUUAUCUGGCCACUGGGCGUCAAGACCAAUAUAACGUAUAUUGAAGAGACAUCAGAGGUACACAUCUCCAAGGAAUAUCUACAACUAGAGCCAAUCGGUUUGGUAUUCGUAUUCUUCUUUGCGCUCAUUCUAGUCAUUCAGUUUACCGCUAUGUUAUUCCAUCGUUUCGGCACACUCUCACAUAUUUUGGCCUCUACGGAGCUGAAUUUCUGUAAGAAGAAAUCCGAAGACACUUCGCAGGAUGCGCUUAUAGACAAGCAUGCUGUGGAGAUCGUCAAGAACUUGCAACGUCUCCAAGGCAUCGAUGGUGACUACGAUAAUGAUUCUGGUAGUGGCCCUGAUCGUAUUGCACGCCGUCGCACUAUACAAAAUCUGGAGAAGGCUCGACAGCCGCGUCGACAAAUCGGUACUUUGGAUGUGGCAUUCAAAAAGCGUUUCCUCAAACUUACUGCGGAUGAAAAUAAUCCAGCAACUCCAAUACUAACGCGCCGCUUGACAAUGCGCGCCGAAACGAUACGCGCGCUGGAAGUGCGUAAAAACUCGGUGAUGGCGGAGAGACGCAAGUCUGCAAUGCAAACUUUAGGCGCGAAGAAUGAAUAUGGAAUUACAACUACAGCAGCGUUGAACAAUAAUGGCGUCAUACCGAACCAGCGCAGUGGACGCAUCUCUAAUGCGGGCAUAAGCAUCAAGGACGUCUUUAAUGCGAAUGGUGGGCCAGGCGAGCCAAUAUAUGGUUCCAACGGUGGUGGUACCAUCAACCAAGGCUACGAACAUGUACUCGAAGACGACGAUCGAAACUCGUUGCGACUGACUCCGCGCAAUCCCAAUCAACAAGUGUCAUGGGGACAGAAUACCAGCAACACAGGACGAUUAUAAGAACGUGUACAUUUUGCCACAUUGCUAGCCUGAGCUCAGUUUGUUGUUGUUGUUGUUGUUAUUGAAUAUAAAACAAAAGGACUUGUUAGUUAUUAUUACUAUUAGAAUAUUAAGUUCACUGUCCCAGAUACUUUCAAAUAUCGUAUUUUCCGUACUGUAAUGUACUUAAGAGACUUUUGUGGCCCCAGAAACUACAGAAAUUGGUGUUUCUUGAAAAGUUUCCCUCGACAAAACACCUAAAUUUAGUCAAGUUGCUAACACUGUCACAAAAUCGACUACUCGUAUUGUGGAGCCAAUUCGUUCAUAGCUCUUCGAAAAAUAACAUUUACUGCCGGCUCUUUAAAGAAAAAUAAUAAAAAAUAGUAUGUAUAUCGAAUAUUUUUUUCAUAUGAAUUUCUACUAUCUUCAUACGUAUGUACUUUUGAACCUACAUACAUAUUUAUAUCUUUAUGUUACCUAGUUAUUUAGGUUAAGGCACAAUCUUGUAUAUUUGUAAAGUUAUGAAUUUACACUUUUGUAUAUUGUAAAUAUAACAACGAAUAUUUUAGCUAAUCACACUGCCCGCUCACGUGAGAGACUUGUUGAUGAAUAAAUUUAUUACACAAAUGUAGGUAUGUAUCGUCAAGUUUACAUAAGACAAAGUUUGACGUAUACAGGCAGGUUCUGCAAUUGACUUCCGAGUGAUUUUCAACAAAACUCACUUCAAAUUCAACGCUCAGGGUCCUGUGCUGCAAUUUACUUGUUUUAUUCUCACUUCCUUUCGGAUUCCAGACCUUGCCUGUAAAAUUCGGAAAGUGAAACACAAACCCCGAACUCUGGAUUCAAAGCGAGUUUUGUUCAAAUUCACGCCGAAUUGUAGAACCUCCCUAAUAGACUUUGUAGAAAGUCAUUGCAAUGCCAGCUGUUUGUAGAUUAAAAGUUUAUAGCGUUUGUCUAGUAAUUUAGUAUGUAAAUUUUCUUAGUUCUUACUUGAAUUUUUAUGUAGUAGAAUAUUUUUUUUAUUUGCACAAAAGUUGUUGUUAUUGACAAACAAUACUAUACUAAUCUUAAUCUGUGUUUACCUGCUUGGCGUGCAUAGAUUUGUAUUGUAUGUAUGUUUAGUCAAGGAACAACAGUACCCGUACCAGUGUAUAAAUCAUGGAUAAUACUCAUUUGUCAAUUUAUGUGAAAUCACAUAUUUUAUGCAAACUAUAUUUUAAUUUUGUAUGCAAUUUUUAGUUGAUAUAGUGCGUACAUAUAGAAUAUAUAUUUUGUAUAUGUGAUUACCUAUUUUUUAUAUGAAAUUUAUAAUCUUGCAUAAUACUCGAAUAGAAUUAUAACUUAUGCGAAAUUAGAAUAAAAUAUUGUUAAAUAAUUAAAAAAAUAA